AUGGAGGACGAUGAUUUCCAAAAUAUUACUACUAUUCUCAUUCCUUUAUUUCUAAUGUCUCUGCCAUUUUCGGAAGACAGUGUUAUUGAUGCCCAACCAAUUAGCUAUUCUCUUCCUCAUCACUACUCGUCUUCUAAUACUACUUUGUCACUCUUUCCCCAAGUUUCUGAAAAUCUUGCUGCUUCCAAACCAAUUACUACUACUGUUGAUUUCUCUUCCAUAGACGGUGGCAAGGACAAUCCUAAUUCACCUUUUUUGACUCUCUUUACACGAGUUUAUGAAAACUCAAAACCAAUUGCAAACAAUACUCCCCCUCCUCCUACUCCGCCAUCCACUGAUCUCUGUUUUUCUCUACCAUCCCUACCCAACACCUCUUCGACUGCCCAAUCUUCCAUUAGUAGUCAACAUUCUUCUGUUUUUGCUUCAUCAAGUCAGGAGGUAAAUGCAUUGGGUAAUUGUGCUCUUAAAAGAUCGUUGUUCCAGGAAUUGGGAGAGGAAGGUCACUGGAUAACAAAGAAGCUAACUAAAAGUGAUGUGAAUGGAGCUUCAAGGCUAUUACUAUCUCAACAAGACGUGAAUAAUUACCUACUACCCUUUAUGAACGAGGAAGAACAGAGCAUAAUUUGUCAACAAUUGUGUGGAGUUGAUGUUACCGUAUUUGAUAUAGAUACACAAACAAGCCAUAUUUUGACUCUCAAGAAAUGGUCAACUAAUAGCUUUCACCUUGUCAAAGCAUGGACAAAAGAUUUUGUCAAAAGGAGGAAUCUGAAAGAAAAUGAUGUCAUCUCGAUAUGUUGGGAGAAAACCAAUUCAAGAUUUUGCUUUCGAGUUGACACGAGGAAUCAACUAAAUCUUUAACAUUUUUAU